AUGUUGCUGAAAAUGAAAUUCAGCCAGCAGCGGAGGGUACGCCUAGCUCAAGGCUUGUGGCUGCUGUCGUGGCUUGCAGUGAUGUGUGGGGCCUUCAUCUUUUGCCUCGGUGUUUACCUCAAAAUUGAGCUGCUUCGCAGGGCUGAGGUGAUGGAGAACACAGAGAUCCAUGUGGUCCCUAACAUCCUCCUGAUGGUGGGCUUGGCGUCCAUUGGCACAAACUGGAUAGCUAGUCGUGUGUGCCAGGACUCGCUGGAUGCAAGCCGCUUUCCUCGCUGGAAAGUGUUGCUGCUGGCCUGGUUUGCUGUGGCUGCACUGCUCUGCUGUCUGCUUGUUACUGUAGUAGUACUCAGCUAUGCCCUGCAGGGGCGACUGGAAGAGUCCCUUAAAAUUGGCCUGAGGAAUGGUAUUCGCUUCUACAAGGACACAGACGUGCCCGGACGCUGUUUUCAGAAAGAAACCAUUGAUCGUCUGCAGAUGGAGUUCCGCUGCUGUGGAAACAACAACUAUAAAGACUGGUUUGAAGUUCAGUGGGUCAGUAAUAGAUACCUGGAUUUCACCUCAAAGGAUGUCAAAGAUCGAAUCCGCAGUAAUGUUGAUGGGCGAUAUCUAUUGGAUGGUGUUCCCUUCAGUUGCUGUAACCCUGCGUCUCCACGACCCUGUCUGCAAAACCAGCUCACUGAUAAUCGAGCUCACUACAACUACGAACCCCAAACUGAGGAACUGAACCUGUACAGCCGUGGUUGUAGGCAGGCGCUCACAGAUUAUUACAUGGGCCUCAUGAAUUCAACAGGCCCUGGAGUGCUCUCAGUCAUCUUGAUACAGGUGUCAGUCAUUGUGAGCCUACGUUAUCUGCAAACAGCAGUGGAAGGCGCCAUGGCCUCGGAGAAUCCAGAAGAAGAAAGUGUGGGCUAUCUGCUUGAAAAAGACCUAAAAGAAACCUAUGAAGACCUCAAAUCCAAGGCCCUGGAUAUACUGAAGUUUGCACAGGUUGAUCCCACCACCACUGAAGCAUCUCCUGAUGCAGAGGCAGAGAAGGCAGAUAAGGCUGUGUCCCCAACCCCUGUAAGCUAGAGUAAUCAAAAACACAGCUACACAUGUAAUAGAAGUGGAAUGUGUCUGAGGUUUGUUGGCUCGGUAAGUUUGCUGAUGAAGAAACCUGUUCAGCUCCACAUGUUAUAGGCUCAUUUACACACUGUCAAUACAGCAACUGCAGCAUUCAUGUAGGGCCAACAAAGACAGCACUUAGGAAAUCACUCACUACACAGACACCAAGUAUCUCCAGCGUGUAAAAGAAAAAAAAUAAAAUUUUACUGAAUCUAAUAUAGCACAGUGUCAAUACAGUAGAAAUGAACAGAUUUUCUUUUAUGUAAGAUGUGCAUUAAAGUUUAGAUUUUUGACAUUGAUUAUGGAAAACAUGCAUAUUGUGCUGAAAAUGUUUGUAUAACUGAAUAAUUCCUGUGAUAUCGGUAGUGUAGUGUGAAUAGCAUAGAAAUGUGU